CCCCAAUAACCCCUUAUCAUUGUGCUGUGAAAUAUUAAGCAGAUCUGUUUCAGAGCUGCGGCCUCUGGCAGGUAAACAAUGCGCAUGAAGGUUGGUAAAACUACGGCGCCAAAGUUUCAUUACCAAAUGGCUCCUGUAUAUAAUCUGAAUAAUUAAAAAAUGUCUUGUUUUCUCUAUCCCAGAGGCGCACGCAUCCCCAGCAGCCAAUGGGAAGCCAGUCAUACCACAAAAUCCCGCCUCUUCGUCACUUCAUCCAAUCAGCGGGGAGUAUUUAUCACUUCCGGUUGUUUUCAAUACACCGAAGACACAUGUCUGCUACUAGCUAGCGGUGGCGAUAAACGAGGAAAGCGGACAUAAAAGCCUCUCAGAAUGGUUCACAUCAGUAGAAUUUGUUUCCGCAAGUAUGGAAACUUUGUGGACAACCUCCGCCUGUACGUACGUGGAGGCACUGGAGGGAUGGCUCUACCUCGCCUUGGAGGACAUGGAGGGAACGGAGGAAACAUUUGGGUGGUGGCGACACAGAACAUGACUUUAAAGAAGAUCAAGGACAAAUACCCGUUAAAACGGUUCGUGGGGGGAUCAGGAGCCAACAGCAGUGUAAGAGCUCUGAAGGGAGAAAAAGGGAAGGAUGCGGAAAUCCCAGCACCCAUUGGUAUCACUGUCACCUCUGAUGACGGCACAAUACUUGGCGAACUGAAUGCUGAGGGCGAUCGGGUGCUGGUGGCGAAAGGAGGAUCCGGGGGGACACCCCACUCUGCCUUCGAACCCAAGAAAGGCCAGGUCAAACACAUACGUCUGGACCUGAAGCUCAUCGCUGACCUGGGCCUCGUAGGGUUCCCAAAUGCAGGAAAGUCAUCUCUCCUCAGAGCCUUGUCAAACGCUACACCUCAAAUUGCCAACUACGCUUUCACAACUUUGAGGCCUGAGAUUGGCAAGGUUGCCUAUCCAGAUUACAAGCAAAUCUCAAUUGCGGAUUUGCCGGGGCUCAUCGAGGGGGCUCACCUGAACCGAGGCAUGGGCCACAAGUUCCUGAAGCACGUAGAGAGGACCAAACACCUGCUGUUUGUUGUGGAUGUUUGUGGUUUCCAGCUGGCCAGUAAAACACCUUGGAGAUCUGCCUUUGAGGCGGUGCAGCUUCUCACCAAGGAACUGGAGUUGUACAAGGAGGAGCUCGUGUCAAAACCUGCAUUGCUGGUGGUAAAUAAAAUGGACUUGCCUGAAGCUGAGGACAUGCUGGAAGAACUCAGGGAGCAACUUCAAAACCCAGACGAGUUCACCAAUUCGCUGCCAAAUGAUAUGAUCCCGAAGAACUUCAUAACAUUCAGACAUGUGGUUCCUAUUUCCGCCCUCACCGGGUUUGGUGUCGACCAUCUGAAGAGUUGCAUUCGACUCUCGCUGGAUGAGUACGCCGCCAUGGAAAAGAGCGCCAUGCAUCAGGAAAAGCUGCAAGUACUGAGGCAACAAUCUCAUGAAAGUUUUAGAAACGAGGACAAAAUCUCACUGUGAAGUGGCGUCGGCAGAACUCAGUGUGAAACAAAGCGAGGUGGAGAGAUUUCUCUUUGGAGAAACGCAGGAGGGAGAACAAGUGCUCAGCAGCUUCGAUGGAGGAAACGCUGCAUACAUGUCUGAAAUACUGGCCUGCUCCUCUGGACUUUCAACAUAGAAUAAGGAACGUCUUUUCUGCUUCAUCCAGACGUUCACAAAUGAGAUUGUGUUCAUUAAAGCUGCUUUGGUAACAUCUCAACAUGCAGAGUGCAAAAAUGUAGAGUUAAAAUAAAUAUUUAAGUUUG